AGAUAGGACUUCCUCCCCGAUUCGCAAAGUGAAGUCACUUCCCAAAAUUAGCUGAAAAAAAGUUUCAUCCGGUUAACUGUCUCUUUUUCGCUCCGCUACAACAACAAACGUGCACAGGGGAGCGAGGGCAGGGCGCUCGCAGGGGGCACUCGCUGAGGGCCCAGGGCGCCAGGGAGGCCGCGCCGGGCUAAUCCGAAGGGGCUGCAAGGUCAGGCUGUAACCGGGUCAAUGUGUGGAAUAUUGGGGGGCUCGGCUGCAGACUUGGCCAAAUGGACGGGACUAUUAAGGAGGCUCUGUCGGUGGUGAGUGACGACCAGUCCCUCUUCGACUCAACGUACGGAGCAGCAGCCCAUCUCUCCAAGGCCGACAUGACCGCCUCGGGGAGUCCUGACUAUGGGCAACCCCACAAAAUCAACCCCCUCCCGCCGCAGCAGGAGUGGAUCAACCAGCCAGUGAGGGUCAACGUCAAGCGGGAGUAUGACCACAUGAAUGGUUCCAGGGAAUCACCAGUGGACUGCAGCGUGAGCAAAUGCAGCAAGCUGGUGGGUGGAAGCGAGGCCAACCCCAUGAACUACAACAACUACAUGGAUGAGAAGAACGGCCCCCCUCCUCCCAACAUGACCACCAACGAGAGAAGAGUCAUCGUUCCCGCAGACCCCACACUGUGGACGCAGGAGCAUGUGCGGCAGUGGCUGGAGUGGGCAAUAAAGGAAUACGGCUUGAUGGAGAUCGACACGUCCUUUUUUCAGAACAUGGACGGCAAGGAGCUAUGCAAAAUGAACAAGGAGGACUUUCUCCGCGCCACCUCCGUCUACAACACGGAAGUGCUGUUGUCACACCUCAGUUACCUCAGGGAAAGUUCACUGCUGACCUACAAUACAAGCUCCCACACAGACCAGUCAUCACGGCUGAGUGUCAAAGAAGAUCCUUCUUACGACCCAGUCAGGAGAGGAGGAUGGGGCAAUAACAUGAAUUCUGGCAUCAACAAAAGUCCUCCCCUCGGAGGAGCACAGACGAUGAGCAAGAAUGCCGAGCAACGGCCCCAACCAGAUCCCUAUCAGAUCCUGGGUCCUACCAGCAGUCGUCUAGCCAACCCUGGAAGCGGGCAGAUCCAACUCUGGCAAUUCCUCCUGGAGCUCCUCUCUGACAGUGCCAACGCCAGCUGUAUCACCUGGGAGGGGACCAACGGGGAGUUCAAAAUGACGGACCCCGAUGAGGUGGCCAGGCGCUGGGGGGAGCGCAAAAGCAAGCCCAACAUGAAUUACGACAAGCUGAGCCGGGCCCUCCGAUACUACUACGAUAAAAACAUUAUGACCAAAGUGCAUGGCAAGAGGUAUGCCUACAAAUUUGACUUCCAUGGCAUCGCCCAGGCUCUGCAGCCACACCCAACCGAGUCUUCCAUGUACAAGUACCCCUCUGAUAUCUCCUACAUGCCUUCCUACCAUGCGCACCAGCAAAAGGUGAACUUUGUCCCUCCUCACCCAACCUCCAUGCCUGUCACUUCUUCCAGCUUCUUUGGAGCUGCAUCACAAUACUGGACCUCCCCAACAGGGGGAAUCUACCCCAGUCCCAACGUUCCCCGCCAUCCUAACACCCACGUGCCUUCACACUUAGGCAGCUACUACUAGCAGCUUAGUCACUGGGAGUCAUCUGGCCGAAGCCCCAGCCCUCGCACUUCCUGGAUAAUUCGGACUUCGAAGGACAUAUGUGACCUCGAAGAGAAAAUGAAACUGGAUAUGUUCUUUCUUAUUGGAUGGAACCUUUGUAUUUGCUCUUUAAAAGCAAUUUUUAAAAAGUCAGUAACUUUUGCUUCCUCUACCUGAACAAAGAAAUGAAUGAUUCUGUGGACCAGUAUGCCAGUUUGGAUUCUCAGUCUCCUCUCGUCUUAUGGGUUGACUGUUUGAUGACUGGAAUGGUUAGACUAUUAUUCUGAGAAAAAAGUUGUCUUUUUAUUAUACUUCUAUGACCAAAGCAGUUUCUUAUCAGCACACGGGUCUCGUCAUUGUAAGGUUCAGUACAAUAAAGAGCUGGGAACUUACCCACUAUGUUCUUGUUUGAGACUUAAGAAAACGGAGGUAAGAAGCUGGUAAUCUUAUUUUAGGGGGAUCUAAUUCAGUGGACGGUAACUGGAACAUUGGUUGCUAAGGCCAGUGAAGUUUUCACCCAACUGGAAAUUGAAAGAAAGAACACCUGUGCGUGUGUGUGUUUGUGUGUGUAUUUAAGAAGCCAUGAGCAUUGCAGAAAUCUCCUCAGUGGGAAACAUGCUCUCGGCUGACCACUCUCUAGAAAUAGUCAAAAUAUGAACUAAGAAUUUUUAAUACAAAUCCAGACAUUUCUGAAAGACAGAGAAAUAACUAUUUUUUCUAUGAUGACAUUGGGUCCCAGAACUUGGAAAAGUCACAGGGAUUUCUAAACAUAAGCAGAUUCGCAAACGCUGUGCGUUUGUCAGACCAUCCGACCAGGGUCAACCAAUCAAAAGGCAACUUACUGUAUAAAUUAUGCAGAGUUAUUUUCCUAUAUCUCACAGUAUUAAAAGUAAAUAAUUAAAAAUUAAAAAGAAUAAAUAAACGAGUUGACCUCGGUCACAAAUGCAAUUUUACUAUCAAAUCAGUCGUUGUUAUUUUUUUAAAUGUAAUUUGUACAUCUUUUGUCAAUCUGUACAUUUGGGCUGUUUGUACUUUUUAUAGCUUUUUUUUUUUUUUAAAGCAUAAUGUGACUAUUGCUGAAAAGAAAACAGGGCGUUCAAGUCACUGACUUCCUGGGAAAAGAAGCACUGGUUAUUUAACAAGCUUGUACAAGCAAGGGAGGGCAAUCAUUUCACUCGUAAAUGCUUUGGAGAUGUUUGUACGAAACAGUACUGCAAUCAUCACAGCUCUGAAAGCCAACCAAACCUGCCCUUGUGGAGACGAGGGAUCUUCCUGCUCUAUAUAUGCAAUAUAUUUUUAGACAUUAAAAUAUAUAUAAUUUUGCAGGUAACCGAUGACUUUUUUAACUAUAUUAAGUGCUAAGCUGACAACUGUCAAUGGAGACUAUGUUGUAAAAUAAUUUUACUAAAUAAAUUGUGCCUUCUUCUAUCA